UGUGCUGCAGACACGGGGAGAAAUAAUGGACAUAGCACAACGCAGAGAGCUGAACACCAGCUCAGUAUUGAUUCUCAAGCCCAUGGAACCUUCACUGGGAGAUCAUGGAACUGUCACGCUUGUGGUUGCCCUGACCCAGAGCGCUGAGGGUGGUGUCAGCAGCCUGGAUAGCUCCAGAAGAAAUUCAUAUCCCCCUCAGCAUCCCUUGGGGAACAAAGGCAAAACAGGUGCUGAUGACCUGAGGGCCAAGGCCAAGAAUAAGCUGCACAAGGGUGAAAGUAUCAAGACUACAAAAAGCAUUGUCCCACACCAGCCCCAAUCUGCCAGGCUGAAGCAUGCAGAGAAAAAGACACCCUCACGUUGGGUUCACAAGCAGCAGGAGUCACAUUUGAACUGGCAAGCAUUAAACUCUUGGGAUGUAGCUGGUCCGUUAAACCCCACUCAUGAAAAGUCUGUUGAUAGACACCUCAGAGAUGAGAUAGAAGAUCAAGCUCCAAAGCAGAACUACAUUACAACUCUCGAAGAGCAGCACGACAUCCAACAGAAGCUAAUCAACUCAAGGCUGAACUGGCAAAUACUAAACCCCUGGGAUGUAGCUAGUGUGUUAAACCCUAAUGAUGAGGACUCCAUUAUUGGACACCUCAGAGAUGAUGUGCAAGAUCCAGCUCCAAGGCAGAACUACGUCAAUUCUCAAAAACAGUCUAAGAAUGAGGACAGCCAGUAUCUGGCUGGACACAAUCCGCUUUUCUACCAGGUCUUGAGCCCUGUGAAAUCAGAGGGAGAGCCUACAGCAACCGUCACCAAAGAUGAGCACAGUCUAAACAGCAACCUGGAUUUUCUCUCUGACCCAUUGGUUCAGGGCCAACAUGCUGUGAGCAGCAGAGGAGGAGCCACGGCUGAGAAGGAGCAUUCCUCUCUAGGUGGGCACCUCCUGCUCAUGCCUGACACCACAGACACACACUGGAAGCAACAGGAAGAAGGUUCCAGGUUCCUCAAUAAACCUUGGAGCCCCCAAAGUCCAGACCUUGCACCGGUUCCAGGAGAGCUCUUGGAAGCCGUGGUUGAUCGUCAGCUGCGCUUGCUGGUGCCAGACAAAAGCCUGCAGAUGUUCAUGGCCCACGUGGAGCGAGCCCUGAGGAGGGACUGCAGCCUGCCCCAGCUCCAGCAGGCCUGUGCCAAGAUGGUCUCAAAGACUGGGCUGCUUCUAAAGGUGCUCAGUGAGAGGCAAGAAACCCAUGGAGCCUAUGAUCCCAUGGGCCGGUGUCCUCUGCAAGAGAACAUCUCCAGGCGCACAGCUCUGGAGGAGGAUCAGGAGCCCACAGAGAAGCCAAAGCCAGAGACCAUGGAUGACACGAUCACAUUCGUUGUAUUGCUGUCUCUCAUUGCAGUUGUUUUGCUGAUACUGCAGGGUGUCUUCCACGUGUGUUCCCGAUGUGCUGCAGCUGUUUACCAACAGCUUCUCAGAAGGAAAUUGUGGCUGACAAGGUUGUCUGUAAAACUGCAACAGAGAUGGAGGAAGAAGAAGUACAGGGAAGCAGAGUGUGCAAAGCAGGAUUUGCCUGAGCUCAGUGAAGAUGAAUUGCUGUUGGUUCAAUACAUCAUGGACAUCCUUGACAAAGAGGAAGAAGAAUUGCAGAAACAAAUGCAGAAAGAGAACAUAGAUGUCUCCCAGGAAGAGACAAAAUUUGAAGAACGCAAGUGAGGGAGAGAAGAUUUGCAAGAUGUCGAGAACAAGAAGAUGGAAGAAGCCCAAGGAAAUGCUGUCACCCAGAGACAAGAUGCUCCUGCCUGGGCCCUGCCCAGCAUCCAGCACCCCAAGCUCUGGGCUGCUGACUCCAUGACCAUUCUCUGCAGAGGAGGAUGCUGCUGGUGGGUGCCAUGCUUAGGACACCCCAAAGUCCCCUGGGGACUGGGACAGGGAGGAUCCAGGAAGGCCUGGGUGUCCCAAGCAGUCACCGCAGCUCAGCCUCUGGAGCCACAGCCUUCCCAGGGCCAUAACAUCCUGGGGACACCCUGGACAUGUGUUCCCAUCUGGGAAUGCUUUUCCAAUAAAUGCUGAUUUUGUACAGCCAGAGCAUCCUGGAAGUGUCCACGUGUUUGCUGGUCUGUACCCAUUUCUGUGGGGCUGCACACAUGUGUGCAGAGUUCUGCUUGUGUACAUGGUGCCAGAAUCAGGAUUUGAAGUGACACAUGUGUGCAGAGUUCUGCUUGUGUACAUGGUGCCAGAAUCAGGAUUUGAAGUGACAAGCAUUGAACCCCCGGGGUUGGUGGAUUAAACCCCAUUCAUGACAAGUCUGUUCAUAGACAACACAGACAUAAUGAGGAAGUUCAAGCUCUAAGGCAGAACUAUGUCAAUUCUCACAAACCACCUUAAGAAAGAGGACAGCCACUAUUGGGCUGGACAUAAUCAGCUUUUCUACCAGGUCUUGAGCCCUGUGAAAUCAGAGGGAGAGCCCAAAGUUGAGCAGCGUCUAAACAGGAACCUGGAUUUUCUCUCUGACCCGUUGGUUCAGAGCCACCAUGCUGUGAGCAGCAGAGGAGGAGCCACGGCUGAGAAGGAGCAUUCCUCUCUAGGUGGGCACCUCCUGAUCAUGCCUGACACCACAGACACACACUGGAAGCAACAGGAAGAAGGUUCCAGGUUCCUCAAUAAACCUUGGAGCCCCCAAAGUCCAGACCUUGCACCGGUUCCAGGAGAGCUCUUGGAAGCCGUGGUUGAUCGUCAGCUGCGCUUGCUGGUGCCAGACAAAAGCCUGCAGAUGUUCAUGGCCCACGUGGAGCGAGCCCUGAGGAGGGACUGCAGCCUGCCCCAGCUCCAGCAGGCCUGUGCCAAGAUGGUCUCAAAGACUGGGCUGCUUCUAAAGGUGCUCAGUGAGAGGCAAGAAACCCAUGGAGCCUAUGAUCCCAUGGGCCGGUGUCCUCUGCAAGAGAACAUGUCCAGACACAUGGUCUUGGGGAAGGACAAGGAACUCAUAGAGAAGGUAGGAGAGCUGCAGGACACUGCUGCACAUGUGCAUCUCAGGAUGAGUCCUCCUGCCCCUCAGUUCAUGAUGGAUGCCCCUAAUAAAGAAGAAUUUCAGGAUGACACACAAUGCAAAGAAUUCAGGUGAUGGGGAAAAGAAUUUAAGAAGGGGACGAAGCAAUUGGGACACC